AUGAGUGGUAGGCGAAUGGUGAAAAGUGCUGGGAAGGAUAUUAGAAACCGAACCAGCAUCCCUGACUUCCUGCUCCUGGGCUUCUCUCCACACCCAGACCAGCAGCCUCUCCUGUUUGGGCUCUUCCUGGCCAUGUACCUGGUCACUGUGCUGGGGAACAUGUGCAUCAUCCUGGCCAUUGGCUCUGACCCUCACCUCCACACCCCCAUGUACUUCUUUCUGGCCAUCCUGUCCUUCAUUGACACCUGCUCCUCCUGCACCAUUGUCCCCAAGGUGCUGGUCAACAUCCAGACACAGCACCACACCAUCUCCUACACUGGAUGCCUCGUGCAGAUGUACUUCUUCAUGGCAUUAACCCUGCUGGAUGACUUCCUGCUGGCUCUGAUGGCAUAUGACCCCUAUGUGGCCAUCUGCCUCCCUCUCCAGUACACCAUGAUCAUGUGUCCCCAGUGGUGCCUACUGCUGGUCACCACAUCCUGGCUCUGCACCCACCUCCUGGCCUUCUCACCCACUCUCCUCAUGUCUCAGUUCUUCUUCUGUGCCUCCCAUUCCAUCCCACACUUCUUCUGUGAUCUUCUCCCACUCCUCAAACUUGCCUGCUCAGACACCCACAUCUUUCAGGUCAUGAUGUUUGCAGCAGGUGCACUCUCGGGGGUCCCUCUCACCUGUGUCCUGGUCUCUUAUGUCUACAUCAUCCACAUCGUCCUCAGGCUCCCCUCUCCUGGGGGAAAGCACAAAGUCUUCUCUACCUGUGGUGCUCACCUGACAGUCAUCACUCUCUUCUACGGGACCCUCUUUCUGGUGUACUUCCAGCCCUCCUCCUCCUACUCUGCAGAUACUGGAAUGGUGGCCUCUGUGAUAUAUACAGUGGUCACCCCCAUGCUGAACCCCUUUAUCUACAGCCUGAGGAACAUGGACAUGAAGGAGGCCUUGAGCAGAUUCUUCAACUGGGGGAAAGGGGGCUUUCCCAGAUUAGAAGCUCAGGGUCCAAGUAAUGCCUUCUUCCUGGUUGUCUUCAUUGUAACUUUGAAAACCUCGAAUUCAAAGCAAGAUGGUUCUCAGCAUCCCAAGCAGGUUUUUAAAAGGGAGAAUGCCUGA